AGGGGGUUGCAGAAGGAGCCGAGCGGCUGCUGCUCAAUGGCGGAAAAGCCGCCGGUUCUCUGACCGCCCCGGCCCCCUAGCAGUUGCGGGGGAGUUUACUGCCGGCGCGGCUGGAGUCUCUGUUUCUCAGGGUUCGGUGGCUGGAAGAUGCUCCAGAGAGACGGGGCUGCGGCGGAGGAGGUGGCGGCGGCCGAGUCGGCAACGGCGCUAGGGUGGAGAGAAGGCGGCAGCGGCGGCGGCGGCGGCGUGCGGGGCCCGACGGUGUAAACAGCCCCGGAGGCGGCGGAGGCGGUGGCCGAGACCCCGAGGGGAAAGCGGCGGCUGAGGCUGGUCGCGCCUCUGUUGAAGCCUGGGCGGAGUGCAGCGGGGGGCUCUGCGGCGGGCUCGAGCGGACACCCUAGACCUCGCCUCCCUCCCUCGCCCCAGAUUCAUUACUAAACAUGGGUGCAUUUUUGGAUAAACCUAAAACUGAGAAACAUAAUGCUCAUGGUGCUGGGAAUGGUUUACGUUAUGGCUUAAGCAGCAUGCAGGGAUGGAGAGUGGAAAUGGAAGAUGCACACACGGCUGUUGUAGGUAUUCCUCAAGGCUUGGAAGACUGGUCGUUUUUUGCAGUUUAUGAUGGGCAUGCUGGAUCCCGUGUAGCAAAUUACUGCUCAACACAUUUAUUAGAACACAUCACUAACAAUGAAGAUUUUAGGGCAGCUGGAAAAUCAGGAUCUGCUCUUGAGCCUUCAGUGGAAAAUGUCAAGAAUGGUAUCAGAACUGGCUUUUUGAAAAUUGAUGAAUACAUGCGUAACUUUUCAGACCUCAGAAAUGGAAUGGACAGGAGCGGCUCAACAGCAGUGGGAGUUAUGAUUUCACCUAAACAUAUCUACUUUAUCAACUGUGGUGAUUCACGUGCUGUUCUGUAUAGGAAUGGACAAGUCUGCUUUUCCACCCAAGAUCACAAACCUUGCAAUCCAAGGGAAAAGGAGCGAAUCCAAAAUGCAGGAGGCAGCGUAAUGAUACAACGUGUUAAUGGGUCAUUAGCAGUGUCUCGUGCUCUGGGGGACUAUGAUUACAAGUGUGUUGAUGGCAAGGGCCCAACAGAACAACUUGUUUCUCCAGAGCCUGAGGUUUAUGAAAUUUUAAGAGCAGAAGAGGAUGAAUUUAUCAUCUUGGCUUGUGAUGGGAUCUGGGAUGUUAUGAGUAAUGAGGAGCUCUGUGAAUUUGUUAAAUCUAGGCUUGAGGUAUCUGAUGACCUGGAAAAUGUGUGCAAUUGGGUAGUGGACACUUGUUUACAUAAGGGAAGUCGAGAUAACAUGAGUAUUGUACUAGUUUGCUUUUCAAAUGCCCCCAAGGUCUCAGAAGAAGCAGUGAGAAAAGAUUCAGAGUUGGAUAAGUACUUGGAAUCACGCGUUGAAGAAAUUAUGGAGAAGUCUGGGGAGGAAGGAAUGCCUGAUCUUGCCCAUGUCAUACGCAUCUUGUCUGCAGAAAAUAUCCCAAAUUUGCCCCCUGGGGGAGGCCUUGCUGGCAAGCGCAAUGUUAUUGAAGCUGUUUAUAGUAGGCUGAAUCCACAUAGAGAAAGUGAUGGGAUGGCAGUCUUGGGCACGUCCAUUUGUAGACCCGCCGAGCGCUCUGGUGACAAGAAGGCAGUGGCUGGCAGACCCUCCAAGGCCCUAAAAGUACAAGGACGAAAAGUUUUUGUGUAAACCUAACAGCCAAGUGAACCCAAAUUUCUGUAACACUAGUAUUUAUACUGCUAUUAACCUGUAAUUGUAUAGCUCAUUAGUAGUCGCAGAGAACUGUCACUGUGCCCUUCAAACUAUUUUUUCGCUGUCCUUAUAAACACCUGUGAUAAACACCUUGGCUUUCUGUCAGUACUUUUGAUUUUACCCCAAAGACACUCUGACUGAAGGUAUGUUGUAUUAAUAGGUCAGUAUGUUUCCCUUCUCCCAAAAGCACCAUUUAAAGCAGAGGUUACCGGAUUUCUGAAUACUUCUGUAAGAUUCUUGCAUCAUCUUAUGUUCUGAUUUCUAUGAUGCCCAUAUCUCUUCUGACAUCUAGUUAAGACAAGGGAAGUAGGUUUGAAACUGGUUUGUUUUACAUGAAUAAAAAAUCUUAAUUGCCCAUUAAAUUAGACAGUUUAGAAGACUUCAAAAACCUUUUAGGAAUAUAGAUGGUAGUGACUUUCUUGGUUAGGCAUGGAAUCAGCUCAAAUAUUUCUUACAGGUACUUCUUCCAGUGACCAAGUACUUUCAGACAAUACAUCACAUAAAUAAGCUCUUAAACUUUUAAUUACAAUUCCUUUUGUUAAUUUACUUCAAUAAUCUGGGGGUAGUAAAUGACUACAACCAUACAGUAACUGUACAUUCAUGUUUAGUCCUUGAGCACAAAGCAAGAAUGCCAAAGUUAAUACUUGCUUUGUCAAAGAAAAUCGGUGUCACUGUGCUAGGAAGUUACAUAGUGAAACUUUGACAGAUAUAAUUUUUAGAGAAAAACCGUGGAAAAUUGUCUUUCAUGUUUUGAUGUGUCUAUUUCUAUGAUGUAGUUAUGUGGAAUACCAUAUUUGCUGAGGGUGUUGUAUGGAUCUUUUUUUCCUGUGUUCUGUUUAAUUUCUGAAAGUAAAUGUUGCAAUGGAUGUAACAGGAGUCCAUCUACAUAGUACUUGUGUACAGAGCUUUCUUGUAUACUAAAACAUUCUUGGAAGACAACUGAAGUUGGUUAGAAUUAGUUUCAUGCCACACAUUUCCAAAGUUAGGGAUAUCUAUAUUAUAUAAAUAAAAUGCGCCUGGCUAUGUGAAAUUAUCUUUGAAAAGGAAGGAGUUCCUUUCUAAUUGUCCAUAUUUUUAUUUUGUUUUUAUAUACAUUUAUUUGUAUUUUCUUUAUGUAAUUUUUAAAGCAAUUGAGGUUCUUUCAGGGUGGGGUAGCCUGAAUCUAGGGGCUAAGACAGAAUGUUCUCUUCGAGUGUAACAGCAUGAAAAUGUUUCUCUAGUGAAAUGCCUUUCACCAUCAAAAAUGCACAUGUCACUUCUGAUUGCUUUUACAGGAGGAGAAAAAAGUCAGCCUACAUUUUCUAGACUGAUUUUUUACCAUGCACACAAAUAUCUAUCCAUUUGAAAGAUAAAAGAGUGGCAAGUAGAUCAAACUGAAUUACUUGUAGUUUGACUCCCUCCAAGGUUCUGACAACGAUUCUAAAGAAUUGUCAUUUGUGUCUUAUUUAAAGGUAGAGUAGUAUGUUUUAUAACUGGACAGAUGUAAAGAUAUAUAUUAUGAAACCUGAAAAUUGGAAAAAACCUAAAUGCCAGAUGUUCCGCUGGCAGCCUCUGACCUGACUUUCCUGUGACCAGAUUUGCUUGUGCCUUUGGGAAGAUUCACCUAUUUUCUUAGUUGUUUUUUUUUUUUCUCCCUUUCAUUUAUAGUAACUCCUGGUGCCAAACAUUAAAGUACAGCUAUUACGAUCACUCCUUCCUUCCUCUCUUCUGUUCCCCACUAUGUGGAUGACUAUACAAAUGAGGAAGAGGCAUGAGUGCCAGGUCUGGAAGGGCUAUAUAGGUGCCCAUUACAUUGGUAUUGGUAGUGUGGGAAGGUGGAUGAAGCAGAGCCUUGAAGAAUCAAUGUCCAACACAAGGUGUUCAUAGUCUGCAUGAGGGGACGUUGAGCAUCAUUGCUUUAUGGAGCAGAGAGCUUGAUUUGGAGAUACAAAGAGAGAAAUGAGAUUGGAGAUCGUGUAUAGACCUAGAUUGUAGCUUAGUCUUCUAGGCCAACUACUUGGGCUUUGGUCUUUUUAUAAUGAGAGGUCCUUGACAGCUUUAUAUCAGUAUUUGUAAUAUGAAUGUUUUGAGAAGAGCCAUGGCAAGUGGUCUGUUUUUGAAAACACACACACACAAACCAUCAUAAUCAUUUUAUGUAUGUCUUGAUGUAGUAAAGCAAUUUCUUAAAGCAGGACACUUUUUUUUUAGGGGGGGGGGUCUUCUCUGGACUUGCUUCUAUUCCUCUGACAUGUUCUCAGAGACCCUGACCCAAACUCCAUGCUGAGUAUUUCCUAGCCUUCAUUUGGACUUUGCCAAGAUAGUGAAUUAAAGAGAGUGUCUGCUGAACUCCUGGGAGAUUUGCACAGCCUUCCCCCAGAAUACUGUGUCUGAUGUGGAACUGAAGAGUUCGCUCAAUUUCCAGGAACCUGAUUUUCCUAGUUGUAGAUGGGAGACAAUGAUGUUUGAAUUCUAACAAUAUAUUCUUAGAUGACGGUAGAUUGUGACAAUAGUAUGUGACUCUGUAAUUCAGGUUCUUUUAAUUUGUAGCAAGACUUCAUGGUUGUACAAUGUCAAUGAUGCUAAUAAUUACAAGUUUUCUGAACAAUUCA